AUGACGACCACACCGCCACCAUCCUUCCCCUCUUCCCCCUCGAGUCUCGACAUGGAUAAAGCCAUCGUUCGCCGAACAAGUUUCUUUGAUACCCCUGAUGGGAUACUGUCUCGAAUGGCGAAGUCUUGCCGCCACAAUGUGAUUGAUCUUACAGCUCGUGAAUGCCACGAAUUCCCAAGCGCUCUCAUCCGUCCAGGAGAGUUCAUUAUGAUGGAGACGCAUCCUGAAGGACCAGAUGGUUUUACUGGAGAAGUCGGUCAAGUGAUUGCCAUAUCAGACUUUCGAGAUAUCCCAAGCGAGGAAGUGAGCCAGUCCUUCAAUCGAUUCAGGGAUCCAAAGGAAAGAAUGGUUCUUAUUCGUCUGGUGGAACCUCUCAGCUUUCAUUCUAGUUGUGGAAACAAGAUCAACCCAUCCGACUACACCUUCAUUCACGAAACUCAACAAGAGGUUAUUCUGAGCUGUCGAAUGAGAUGGAUUUCACCAUUUCGAAUUGAUUGCAUUGCCUUUGUCUUUCAUCCAGAUAUGAUUGAGGCUGGCAUCUUCCAGACCGCUGGUAUCACCAAUGCGUUCAUGUGCAACAAGAUGGCUUUGAAUGACUCUACAUACGUGGUAAUCGAAAAGGACUCUAAUUAUCUCAAACCAUUCUUCGCUCCCUACAAUGCACAACAUCCCGAUACUGGCAAAGACCUCUACGUUGUGGAAUCUUAUUCCCGUCGGAUCUGGAACUGCAUCACAGCUGCGAAUGUGAUCACUACUCGCAAGAUGGCCGGCAAGAAAGGCAAUUGGGAAGGACGAACUCAGCGUUGCCAUAUGCCCGGCUGGUCUAGGGAAUUCUAUGAGUACAUUAUUGGCAUGAUGUCUUUGAUGAAACAAAAUGACCAAAUUGACUUCAUCUUGGAUGAGAUCACCCUCAAGCGGGCAAAGAAAGUUCACAGUCCUGACCUUUCUGUUGCCAAGAAGAAACGACAGAUGAAUGUGUCUAUGUUUCGCAUCUUGGAAGAGAAAGAGCUCGACCAAGGAAGACGUGUCUUUGGAUCUACCUUUGGAGUUGCUACGACCAAGAACGCUCCCACUUUAGCUGAUGUCAAGGCAGCAGCAUCAUCCCAAAAGCCACAACCUGACACUAUCAAACUUGAAACAGGUGAUCAAGUUCGUAUAGUAACUUGUGCAGCUCAGGAGAAAGACAUCUUGGAUAGCCACGACCGACGUCUUGCUAGUGCUUUCAUUGUUGACGACAAUGGCUCUAUUGUGAAGGCCCCUUACGAUCGCAAAGGAAGGCAGCCCAUGUACUUGUCGUUUCCUGGUGUUGAUUUCUUAUAUGAAGACAGCUACUCUUUUACAAACAUGCAAUUUGCUAUGAAAUUCAAGAAGUUAUUGGGAAACUCGAGUUCUGUAUUGAAAGCUCUUAAUGCCGGCAAACCAGUUGCUGCUGUGGCUGAGGCUCGCAUGGACUCCAUCACCAAUGACAAUCUUGUGGUAGGUGAUGAGUUCCGGUACCGCGACUUACUGUACUGUGUUACUUCCAUCGAUGCAGAGAACAACAAGGUCGGUGCCAAGCCAACUUGGGAGGAUUCUGAUGAUGAUGAGACUAUUUUGGAUAUGGAGGAAGCCACAAGUCUUGUGGCAGCAGAGGUAACAAACAGCACCGGCAACCGUGGCAUGACUACUCCUGAAAGGCUCUAG